UAUAGGAAAGGCCAUGCUAUUUUGAAAUUGCGAGCCGUGCUUGAAUCGUGUGUGGCUUUUCCGGUCCGGGGACUCGUUUUGUUUGCUGCUAACGGUUUCCACUGACGUCUUUAAAUUUAGCCCCCGGUGUAUGGCAGACAAAGCACAGAUGAUGCUGCACAAAAUGGAGAAAAUGGUGCCGUCUGCUGAGGACGAAGAGAAGGAGAUGGAGGGAGAGACAGAUGAAGAAGAAACAGAAGAGGAAGAAGAAGGAAGUGAGAGGGAAGAAGAUGAGGAAAAAAAGGAGCAGGAAAAGAAUCCCUUACCUGAUCAUGAUGAGGAGAAAAAGGAGGCAGAUGUGCUGAACCUCAACAACGAGGUGGUGAAGAUGAGGAAGGAGGUGAAGAGGGUCAGGGCAUUGAUCAUAAGGAAGCUGACACGUCAGAUUGGCGCGCUGAAGAAGAAGAAGGGGAACGAGACCGAGAUGGAGAGGAAUCAGAGGAGAGCCGCCAGACUUCUGGAAGAGAUCCACGACAUGAAGAACCUCGUACCCGAUCAGGUGACCAAGACCGCCUUACAGAAGAAUCUCAGCUUUGAGCAGGUUUGCAAGAACCCCAAGUCUACCAUAUCUGACCGGGCCAUCGCUCGCAUCGCCACCCACCCUCAAUUCAGCAGGAAGAUUGAGAACAUCAAAGCAGCUGUAAAAGCCUUCAAAGAGGAGCGGACGAAGAGCGGGAAGCGAGGAGGAAAGGACAAAGUGCAAAAUCAAGGGAAGGCAGUGGAAGGAAAGGUGACUCUGCAGUUACAAGAGAAAAAGGAGGGAAAAGAGGAGCUUAGGGAAAACAGCGAGGAGGAACGUCUUAAAGAGAGUGAAGAUGGAGCUGUUGCCGAAGUCGGAGAAGAAAUGGAGAAAGGUGGAACUUCUGAUGUUCACGCACAAAAAAAGACGGAGCCUAAGAGUGUUAGAGCAGCACCAGGAAAAACUAGUGACAUAAAGGAGAUUGUGAAAAAUAAACCUCCAGUUAAAAAAGAGAAACCCAUUAUCCAGGCUGAGCCAGCUGAGGAAGAGAGCGAUUUAGAGUCAUUCGGUGAUGAAGAGAAAGAGUACUUUGAUGACAGCACGGAGGAACGGUUCCACAAGCAGUCAUCGCAGUCGGAGGAGAGCGAUGAUGAUGACGGCUUCUUUGUAGGAAAAGUGAGCAAAUUCAAGAAGAAAAAGAAAAAGCCAAAAGACGAAAGUAUGGAGAAGAUGGCGGCGGAUAAGAGAGCUGAGGCAGGAAAGGACUCUGCUGAGAACGUGUCUUCGGACAAGCUCGAGAAUCAACUCGAUGAGCUUGAAUCUAGGCUGAAAUCAAAAACGACCAAGCUGGAGUCUCUCUUCUGUCCUUCUCUGGCUGGGACCAAGGCAGCUGGGGGUAGAGGUGCUAGCAGAGGGAAAGGUGGAGAUAAAUUUAGGAAACACAAUAAAGAUUUCAAUAAACAGCCCAAGUUCCAGAAGCCGGAGAAAAGUUCAGGGUCUAAGUACAGCAAGCCCUACCCCGAGGAUAAGGGCUUUGCUACCGCUAGCAGAGGAAGGGGACAAGGCAGAGGCGAUGUUCUGAGACAAAAAGAUCACAGGGGUGGAGGUGUCUUCUCACAUCGGGCACCACAGCAGGCACUGCAUCCAUCCUGGGAGGCCAGUAAGAGAAGGAAGGAGCAGCAAGGACAAAUCCUGGCCUUCCAGGGGAAGAAGAUCAAGUUUGGUGAUGAUGAUGACUGAAAGUUGUUGGCUGUUUGUGUAAAGUUUAAAGUUCAGGGAUGAUGUGUUGGAAGGUUUAAACUCUAAGAUGCAACCUGUUCUGUGAUAGCUUUGUCAGUGGGCAGCAGUUUAAGCAGCGCAUUCAUUCUAUGGCUGCACUAUGGUAACGGGACAAAUUUGAAUGUAGGACACUGGGAAGCUGUUUUUUGUGUAUUUGAACGUGUGCACAUUUCAGGUUUUCUGUCCUUUUAAUUCCAGCGAUGGUUUUGUGAUUAUGUUAUCCACUUUUUUUAAGUCCUUCAUUAUUAGACAUGUUUGAAUAAUACAGUUGUAAUCUUGACACAAGCAUAUUGUGCCAUUUUUUGCUGUAAAGUUUUUAUCUACAAUAUUGUGUAAAUGUCUUGAGCCACCACUCGUUUCAGUACAUUUUCCUUCCAAAGAGACAGACUUGUAGGUUGUUUUGUUUUUUUAAAUGUAGUUCUGACCAGUAGUUUAUUUUUGUACAUUGGCUUCUUCUUCACCCAUUUUCAGUCCAGUCCUUGUACCUGACCGUUUUAUAGAGGAAUGUAUUUUCUCUCUCGCUCUUUUGUUAAGCUGCUUAACACUGAUUUAUGACUCAUUCAAGCAUAAAAAAGACACCUAACUCAGUGUUCUGCCUACACAACUGACAUCUGAGUAAAGAACCAAUUUUAAAUUGUACCUUUAUGCAAUUUGUUAUUUGCAGCCUGUCAUAAAAAUAUAUCAUUUGUUCCCAUUCCCUUCAUCAAACCUACAAAAAUUGCCAAAGGUAACAUUUUUAUAUAGCUCCAAAUCACAACAACAGUCGCCUGGAGGUGCUUUAUAUUGUAAGGUAGACCACACAAAAAUACAUACAAUAAUAAUACAUGAAUAAAGUAUAAUUGUUGGUAUUUUUGCACCAACAAGGUGAUUCGCAAAGCGCUAUUAGCGAAAAACCUGGCAUAUCUCAGCGAGUAUGGAGUUGUAAAUCAAAUUGUCAUCAGUGUGUAGAGAGGAGGAGGCAUGGUAUUUUUAUGGUGACAAUAGUCCCAACCACACUUCCAAUGAAGUAAAAGCAAACCUGGAUUAAAAAAAAACCCCUCACAUGCCAAUGUGGGUGGCCACCGGACCAGCUACGGGGCUGCAGCUGGAGGUGCGGGCGGCCCCAGGAACCACCUCGUCACCGGCGCCGCUGGAUGCGCGGGCGACCGCCAGAGUGGACACUUCCCCGUCCGGGCCGAUUCCCUCGCCUGCUCAGCGGACUGGGGAGUAGGUUCGGCCGGAUGGCCCCCCGGCCUCAGGCGGGCGAUGGGGAUGCCGCUGCAUGUGAGAUGGACUCAUCUACAGUCAUGCCUCGCCAGAUUAAAAAUGUACUCUUCUUGUGUUGUUGGUGAUGUGGAGAGCUGCAGCCGUUGAAUGUACUGUUACAGCAGCCGUGUGAUUAUUGUGAGAAUAAAAGAUGCUGCGAAGCAUGAAAAUGCA